CGCCUGCUCCUCCGGACCCAGGGUCCCUCCUGUCUCAGCUCGGGGCCAGCUGAGGCGAGCCAAACCUUUGCCCUUUUGCGUGAGGGUGACUCACCGCUCCUGCCCCUUUUUGCUUUGCUUUCUCCUGGCUCGUUCCUCGCACCACGUGCCCUCCUGGCCGCUCCCCCAGCUACCCUUUCCAACCGCCUGUUGGAAGUUGCUGUAAAAUGUCGUGAGGGGCGCUGCCGCUUUACGGCUGCCUCUCCCAGGCUAGAGCCCGGGAGCGCCCACCGCCGUCAGCCCUGUUUCUAAGAGUCGGCCCGGCGGAGACGCAGAGACCCGGCGCGCUGCUCCCCUCCCCGCCGCGCCUGUGCCGGCCCCCGGCGAUGUGAGCUCGAGGAGGCUGCGGUGCCCCCUGGCCCGGGGUUGAGACGGGCGGCAGGUGCCUGUGAGGCGGGCGGGUGCUGGGGGCCUGCAGGAUGGAGGAAAGCAUGGAAGAGGAGGAGUGGGGCAGCUACGUGGCGAUGAUGGACGACCAGAACCACAACAACUGGGAGGCCGCGGUGGACGGCUUCCGGCAGCCCCAGCCACCGCCGCCGCCCCCCUCGUCGAUCCAAGCCCCUGCGCGAGAGCCGCCGGGGGGGCAGCUGCUGGCGGUGCCCGCCGCCUCGGUGGACAGGAAAGGCCCCAAGGAGGGGCUCUCGAUGGGGCCGCCGCCACCGCCAGAGGCCAAUGGGGUGAUCAUGAUGUUGAAGAGCUGCGACACGGCCGCCGCUGUGGCCAAGGCGGCCCCCGCCCCCACCCCCAGCUCCACCAUCAACAUCAACACCUCCACCUCCAAGUUCUUAAUGAAUGUUAUAACUAUUGAAGAUUAUAAGAGCACAUACUGGCCAAAAUUGGAUGGUGCCAUAGAUCAGCUUUUAACCCAGAGUCCUGGUGACUAUAUCCCCAUAUCCUAUGAACAGAUAUACAGUUGUGUGUAUAAAUGUGUCUGCCAGCAGCACUCAGAACAGAUGUACAGUGAUCUGAUUAAGAAGAUAACUAAUCACCUAGAGCGAGUCUCAAAGGAGCUGCAGGCCAGCCCUCCAGAUCUCUAUAUUGAAAGAUUUAAUAUAGCUCUUGGACAGUAUAUGGGAGCAUUGCAGAGCAUUGUGCCUCUUUUCAUAUAUAUGAAUAAGUUUUACAUCGAAACCAAGCUUAACAGAGACCUAAAAGAUGACCUUAUAAAGCUGUUUACGGAACAUGUUGCAGAAAAGCACAUUUACAGCCUAAUGCCUUUACUUUUAGAAGCCCAGUCGACACCAUUUCAAGUCACACCUUCAACUAUGGCAAAUAUUGUGAAAGGCCUGUAUACUCUCAGACCAGAGUGGGUUCAGAUGGCUCCAACUCUGUUUUCUAAAUUUAUUCCAAACAUUCUCCCUCCGGCUGUGGAAUCUGAACUUUCUGAAUAUGCUGCUGAAGAUCAGAAACUUCAAAGAGAACUUAUACAGAAUGGUUUUACGAGAGGUGACCAGUCCCGGAAAAGAGCUGGGGAUGAGUUGGCUUAUAACAGCUCAUCAGCAUGUGCAAGUUCCAGAGGGUACAGAUAGUGAAUGUAUUGAAUGUACUUUCCUUCCCGAAAAGAGGACACACUGGAGCUGCAGAGACUGUAUUCGGAGCACAGCGGGGGGGGCCUGCAGACACUCAGGAGCUCUGUCACAAAGUUGUUCUUGGAAGAGGAUGUUGGACUUCUUACUUUGGUUUGUAAUUUUAAAAAACAAAAAAACUAACAAAAAAAACAGUCAGUUGCUGCUAGACUUGGGGAUGAUUUUGAAAUGGGACAAUCUUUUAAUGAGUUUAUCUACAGAUUCCAUGAGGAACAAGCGUCUUGAAAAGUGACCAUUGCUAAGGGAAAUCCAGCAGCCAACAUCAGCAGCUUCCUCCAAAAAUAUAAGAGCCGAAGAAUCUUUUUUUUUUUUUAAAGCACUUGUUUUGUUCAUUUGUGGACUUGGCACUUCAGCAUAUUGGCUUUACACAUCAGGAUCUCUUUUGCUUUAAAAUCAAGCAGAUCAUUACAAUACAGUGUUUUUCACCCAUUACCAAAACAAACCCCUUUUAAAAGAGUUGGUCAUUAAAAGAGUUUAGCAUUAGAAAGUCUUGUUAAAGGAAAAUGCUAACUUGGCUUCUGCUAUAACUUUUCCCCUCACCAGUUCACAACUUUUUUCUACUGUGUGCCUUGAGCUUUGUGCACUUUGCAACUCUGUGACCAUGAUGUUCAACUCACAAAUGCUUCCUGAAAAAGUUUAUGGUAUCACAGACUAACCCACUAAGAUGUCAGGUGUGACUUUGUAGCAGGAUGCUAAGUAAGUGGGAAAAUAGAAGUGUGUUGCUCAUUGGUCAGAUCUCCCCCUGCCUCACUGUGGCAUGUUCAUAUUAAUGUUGGGGACCAACUCUUGUAGAACAUAUCCAUUCCCUCUGUCACUUCACAUGAUUUCACCAGCUGCUGGAGUAUUGGCAUGAUGCUAGUGUAGGGGUGGGCUGUACUUUAGCACUAAGCUCCCUUUUUAGUAUUGUGGAGAAAUUUCCAGUGGUAACAGCUAGUUACUGUGGUGCUCUAGGAAGCAGAUAUGGUUAUUAAAUCCAAAUAUAAUAAUUGGUGUGGGCUUCCGGAUCCAUUUCAUUUUAUAUGGGUGAGUAGGUACUUUUAAAAAAAAAAGUCUGCAGUUUGCAUCUUUUUUAGCAUUAUAUUCAAGUAUAAUAGAGAAGUAGCACUGCUGUUUCAAGCUUCCUUCCACCUGUGACACAGCUAUAUUUUGUUUUUUUUUCUGUACCCACAGUGCUGUUUAGUUUCUUACAAAAGACUCCAAAGCUUAUUCUAGUUGUUUUUGGAAGGCAACGAAAAAUAGAUGUGGCAGGUGAAAAUAUUUUCUCAAUUUUGCUUGACUCUAAAUUGAGCAUAUGCUUGAUUCUGUUUGGCUAUGUCACACUAAUAUUUACCUCUUCAGAGAACUUGGGGCAAAACAAGGUGUAUCAGGGAUAGUGUCACACUUCUGAUUGUCACGUUUCUCGUAUAGGUGCCUCUGCCGACAGUUUGUCUUUUUUCACGAGCAGGCUGGAUGGGAGAGUUUGAAGUGUGAUGAUAGGAGCAAGGAAGUCAUCUAAUAGAAGUCCUCUAUUUGUAAAAUUAUUGUUCUGAGAAGUAAACGUAAAGGGUGUCAGAUUUAUUUUUUAAGUACUUAAACAAACCAGAGUUGGUGGAUUUUGCAGAGGACUUUGGAUUGGACUUGUUUAACUCUGUGAGCAUCUUAGAUUGUAUUGAUAAACACUGAAUUACUGUAAGAAUAUAUACAGGCUCUCACUGUGCCCUGUACAGGUUGAUUUGCUAGCCCAGUAACAUUGUGGUGUCAAGGAAGAAUUGCAUUCCAUCAUGAAGUCCAAAUUUUACUCCUUGCCAUGGAGUGCUCGCUGCGGGCUUAUAAAUAACACCUGCGACUAACAUCUCUCCUGAGUGGUUUUAAUAAUACUUCUGAAAGGAAUAAAAUUGGGAUGAUUCUUUAAAUGUGGAUGAGUUCUUCAUUAUCCUAAUAAUGUGCCCAAAUGCUUUUUCUGGGAGAGUAUUCUUUGGCCAACAAUGGAACUUUCUCUAUAAAAGCAUUGUAUUAUGAUGUGAACUGGCAUUAAAAUCUUCUGAUGCUUUUGCAUUAUUAAGUUAAUGGAGAAAGAUUUUAUAUUGUCUUCUUUUUAUUAUUAUUAUGUAUGUGUUAGCAAAAAGUGGGCCAAGUUUGCAAAAUUUAGUCUCUCUAAAUAUUUGCGCAGCGACUGCAGCUCACUGUGGGCCAGGGCUUAGUACUGCAAAACCGUGAGUGGAAGGCACUAUAGAAAUCAUACAUGCAACCUCCUAGUGUAUGUGACUUGUUACUCAUCUUGGCCCCUUGAGGUACAUUGCAGGAUGAAAAACCUAUUUCUUUAUUUUAAGUAGAAAUUGACCUUGCUUAUUUAAUUGGGUUUAACAAAAUUCUUGGUUUGCAACAUGAGAGGAAAUUAAGAUUUGCCCUCCAUUUUGUAUUGACUAAGCCCGGUUGGCCAGAAAGUAUUUUCUUCUCAUGUUUACUUGUAUUUUUCUUGCCAGUACAGUGUCUAGUUUUUCCACCCCAGUUAAAUCCUAGCUUUUGUGGGGCCCAAAUCACUGAGGACAGAAAAUUAUACGCUGAUUGUCUCAUUAGGCUACAUGUAGUUGAUCCGGCGAGCCCGACUGGUGUGUAUGUGCAGCCUGAAGCUAGACUCCCCGAAAGAAAGGCAGCUCGGUCACCUGAACAAUGACCCGUCAAAGUAAAUGACUAUGGUUUUGAGAGAUGGUACUUACUUUAAAAGUUGGCCUUAUUCUUCAGUAACAGUGUCCUCUCCCGGUCUCUGUUGUCACAGCUGCACCCUAACCUGACAGGAGCUACUGCUUUGUUUUCUGUGGGGUGGAAGGCAAAACUUCGCAGAGUGUGACUCUUAAUCUAGUAGUUCUUAGGUAGAUUUAGAAGAAACACAAACCUGGAUGCAUGAGUUGUGCAUUAUUAAAUUUUGUGGGAAAGUUUUUUUUUUUCCUGUCCCUUUCACAAGUUUGAGGCAGUUCCUCUCCCCUUCUUUGGGGUAUAGGACAGAAGCUGAGCGGUAAGUGAGAUGUCAGGAGAAUGGGCGCCCAUGGCGUUAGCGCCGUGUGCGUCUCCAGUGCCCCGGCCAUGUAAGCCGCACUCCCCUGGAGUGCAGACGCCGUGCUUUCUGUCGGGUUGCAAAUUUGCACACGUGAAGAAUUCCUCAGGAAGAGUUUGCACAUGCAUCGCCUUGCAAUAUUCAUUACUGACCGAACAAGGGACUUGAACGUUUUUCAGCACAAAAGGAGAGCUUCAGAAUGGUGGUCUGUGCACUCGUACUAGCAAAGGUCAUGGUGAUCUAGCAAACACGAUUGGUUUCUGCAGUAUAAAGUGAGCAGGAGCACUUGUAUCAUAGUAUUUAAAUAAGCCUGUUUAAUCUCCGGAGUAGCACUUCCAGAUUUUGUCUUCUUUUCUUAUUGAGACUGGCUAUAUUUUCUUCUGUGUUUUUUCUGUUUUAUAGCAGUUAAUUAUUUCCAUGAUUAUUAUAGAGGCAUUGCCCUUGAGCUAAAAUUCAGUUGUUUAAGAAGAAGCUAUUAUUAAAAAUAACUGAACAUUGUUUUAUGAAUAUACACUAAUCUGAGGUAUUAAAAAAUUCUAAAACUAAAAAGCAAAACAAAAAACCUACAUUAGGUAUCCAGUCAGUUGGGGUGUUUUGAGCUGAUUUUUUUUUUUUUUUUUUUUUUUUAUGGUGUCUCAUUGCGCUUCAGAGUAUUAUGUUUACUUUACUCCAGGUCUAGGCCUCUUAAGGGGACUUCAAAAUGUAAGAUCAGAAUGUGAAUCCCUUGACUGACACCUAGAAUAGGUUUAUAGGACCUUUUCGGUUGUGGUUGCAGUUUUCAGUAAGAUUGCAUAAGAUGAAGUUCACGUUUAUCAGAAGUUAAAAUAGGAGUUCUUGGAGAAAUGGCUUUCUUGUUACUUUCAUUGCCUUGUGGAAAUUUGUCCUAGUUUCUGGCCACCAGAAUCGAUGAAAGGACCCCUGUUCUUUUUCAAGGGUAAUGAUACCUGUUUUGUCCCCUUAGUUUUGAUGAACUCGGUCACUGACACUUUUCCUCCUUGCCUGGCCAAGAUCCUAUUUUGAACUUCUUUACAGAGCCGAGUGGCACAAGUACAUAGACUAUUUCUGCUGAUGUUGAUGGUGUGGCUGUGGGAGCAUUAGAGAAAAUCCUCAUCAGAGGUACAUUCUUACAGGACCUCAGUAUACAUUGUACCCCUGCUGGUCGAAAAUUAUCUUCAUUUCUGGUUGGACUGCAUUGUUUAGAAAAAUGUUAAUGGUUUAUAAUUCUAGGAAAUUUAUAGUGUGGCUCUGGGGUAAAUUUUGUGGUUUGGAAAAAAAAUAAAUAUUUUGUAUUGAUUCUAACAUGUCAUUUCAAUGUGGUGACGAUGUACUAAAUGCAAUAAGACUGUGGAUAUUCUUCUUUGAAGGGUAUGUUUUGUUAAACAGAUGGCAAUUUAAUCGCUCUCAUUAGCCCUGGUUGUCAAUAUUAAGACCAUGCGAUUCAGGAGAAAUUAUUCAAAUGUGAAGUUGUGGGGAGUUAUGGCUGGAAACAGGAAUGCUUAUGAAUAAAUAGGAGGUCAAAUGCAGACAAGAGGCUCUUGCCACCCACCAGCACAGCCAGAGCAAGGAUGAAGCAAUGAAGUCUAGUCCCUGGUGGUGCUUAUUUGUUGGAAAGCAUGGUGGAGCUUAGAACAGGGUGUUCUGUACACCAUCUCUUUUAUCAAUCCAAGAAAAACAAAAUGGUGGAUGAAACUCUUACUGAUUGGGGAUUAAAGCCACUGACUUUGGCUCUGACCUUUAACUCUUGAUGGAUUUGGAUUCACUCCUUCUGUAUUAAGGGUGUAUACCAUCACUCGAAAACAUUGUGGUUAAUGAAAUAAAUCUUGUACAGAUGUC